UGCCAAAUCAGCUAAAAGCCAAAGCAAGUUAAAAAAAAGACAGCCAACUGUUGCCGCGGGAGCUGUGAAAAAUAGAAAGUAAUUUAGUCUUGUUUUUGCUGCAACUAUGGACCUAAAACAACGCACAUACCUCCUGGUAACGGGGGCUUCUCGUGGAAUUGGUCGGGAGUUUGCCCAGCAGCUGGCAAGGCGGAUAGCAGCCGAGGGAUCCGUGGUCACUCUUCUCGGACGCAAUCAGCCCCUUUUGGAGGAGGCCAAGGCACAGAUCGCAACCACAACACCGGGUCUUCCCGUAUAUACGUACUCCCUGGAGCUGGAGUCGGCCAAAACGGAGGACUUUACCCAGAUUCUGGAGAGUUCCGGUGGCAAGAAGUCCUUCGAGCGAGCCAUAGUCAUUCAUAAUGCCGGCACCGUGGGCGAUACCUCUAAGAGGGCCAAGGAAAUCGGGAAUACCGAUUAUCUGCAGAAGUAUUAUCAUACCAAUGUCUUCUCUGCCAUAUCCCUGAACUGUGAGUUCAUGCGAGUCUUCCAGGAAAUCCCAAAGUUGGUGGUCAAUCUGAGCACCUUGGCCGCCAUUGCGCCCAUUUCCUCGAUGGCUCACUAUUGCACGGUGAAAGCGGCACGUGAGAUGUACUUCCGGGUGCUGGCCACGGAGGAGUCCUCUAAGGACACCCUGGUGCUCAACUAUGCCCCCGGCGUUAUAGAUACCCAGAUGACCGUGCAGGUCCAGCGAGAGGCCCACGAUCCCGCCGUGGUCGCCAUGUUCCGGGAGCAACGGGAGGCCAAGACUAUGCUGACCACCGCCCAGACCACGGAGCGCUUUAUCAAGGUCCUGGAGGCCCUCAAGUUCAAGUCCGGCGAUCAUGUGGACUACAGGGAUGCGCUGAUUUAGUUUGUUUAUAAUAAUGUGAUCUAUGGUAAUGGGUAUUAAAAUAUUAAAAA